AUGAUACAACUGCAAUGGCUGCUAUUCCUGUUUUUAUUUUCCAACUCAGAGGGAGCUAAGAUACUUGUAACUGCCCCAUUUCCGGGUAGUCACUAUUUUGCCUUGUCAGAUAUUGGACAUCUACUCGCCAAACAGGGACACGAAAUAACUUUUGUAUCUCUCAGGAUUGAUGAUCGUCAUACUAUUCAGCACGAAAACUUCAAAUUGCUUCCGCCAUUCUGGGAAAUUUUGACUGCAACAGAAUUUGAUGAUAUAGUAUAUGAAUGCUUGGAAGAUGUAAUAAACUCAGGGAGGGACCAGUUCAUGUACACAGAUACUAUGGUUUCAAAUGAACUGUGUAGAAAAAGUUGGAAAAGGCUCUAUCGCAUGUUCAUCGACUAUUACACUAGUGAUCAAUUCUUAGCCUUGAUAGAAAAAGGAAAAUUUGAUCUUAUUAUUGCUGAGGAACGAACUGCUCUUCCAAUUCUUGCAGUGACUAAUGAUGAUGACAUUCCACUAGCUGCCUACAUUCCAGAGGUUGAGUACAGCAAAACUAGAGAGGUUCAAAAUCUUCCCAUGUUUCUCUGCAGCGAACCUGGUCUGGCAAUUCAAGUUUUCAAUGGAGAAAAACCAGGAUUUUGGAAGAGAUUCUAUGCUAUGUAUAACCUAGUUUCCGGCGGAGCAAUGUUGACAUCUUCUAUUGAGGAUAUGUUGCAACCGACUUAUGAAAAACAUGGCGUUAAAUCAACUCAAUCCUUAAAUGACAGAAUACAGCUUUUCAUUUUGAAUGAUCAUCCAGCAUUUUCAUUCCCAUAUCAAGUUGCUAAUAAUGUGGUUCAAGUUGGAGGUUCAAGUUUGAAGGAAGGACAACCACUUCAAGGUGAUGUAAAAGAAUUUGUUGAAAAACAAACGGGCCCCAUUGUUCUUGUAUCAAUGGGAACAUACACUGAUCUCACAUGGUUGAAAUGGCACACCACCUUGCUUGAGGUACUAGAAGAAAGCAAUUUAAGUGUUAUUCUGAAAGUCCACACAGAAACUCAACACAAACUCCCUGCACUUUCAACCAAGUUCUAUCUCUCAUCCUGGAUCCCCCAACGAGACCUAUUGGCUAGUGGAGUUAUCAAACUCUUCAUAUCACAUUGUGGGAACAAUGGUAAAAUUGAAACAAUAUAUUACCAGGUUCCAGUGUUGUGUACUCCUGUAUUUGCAGAACAGGCUCUUAAUGGUGAGUCCGUUCAAUACAGAGGUUUUGGAGAAAUGAUUCUUCCUAACAAAAUGACAAAGAAACACCUGAAUCACAUACUUAAUAAAAUGACAGAAGAAAAUGACUCAUAUCGCGCUGAGAUGUCUAAAGCGGUCGACAUCUAUACCACUGAGCCAGCUGAUGGAAAAGAAAAAUUGCUAUAUCACUUGAACUUGCUGUUAAAGUACAGAAACUUGGACUACUUGGUCAACCAGGUUAUCAAACAGCAGAAUUUCUUGGAGAUGUACCAUUUAGACAUUAUAGGUUUUGUCCUUCUUAUUGCAAUAUUUGUUUCUUAUUUACUCUUCAGAAUCGUUUACUUUGGGUUUGUAAUGUUCUUUCGAAGAUCCCAUUUUAAACAUGAUUAGUUAUAAAGUUUUUACAUGGACUUGUUCACAAUUAAUUAUGAUAUUUUUGUAUUUAUAACAGGAAGCCAUUGCAUUGCAUGUUUUAUUUAACUAGAUAUGAUUUUAAAUUGUAUAGUAGAUGUAUAUUGUUUUAUUUCGAAUAUCAUUUUUAAAAUACAGUUCAUUGGCUUAAA